UGCUACUUUUUGAACCAAAGUAUCGCUUCCCUUGUUGGGGGUCAGUAACGUCAAUUCGAACACAUUAUCCCCUUUGCACCUGCUCAAUUUCUCUACUUGGAGCUCACAGUUCCACAGAACGAACACCCAGAGAGAACGUUUACAGGAUGGCUGUUUCAAUUGCCUCUCUCACAUCUUCGCUCUCUUCUCUCUCGUUUUCCUCUCAUGUUUCUCACAAACCAAACAGCCUUUCCUUUACCCGCUCAAAGUCAGUCUCUGUCUCGCACGUGGCCAGGAUUUCUCCUCUGGUUGUAUCAGCAUCGGUUGCUACGCUGGAAAACUUGGAGACUGAUGACCUGAAGAAGUACGUGAAAUCGAGACUCCCCGGUGGCUUCGCUGCCCAAACGAUUAUCGGCACCGGUCGCCGUAAAACGGCCAUUGCGCGCGUUGUUCUCCAGGAAGGCAGCGGCAAGAUCAUCAUCAAUUACCGCGAUGCCAAGGAAUACCUCCAAGGAAACCCAUUGUGGCUCCAAUAUGUCAAAGUUCCCUUGGUCACUUUGGGAUAUGAAAGCAGUUACGAUGUAUUUGUCAAAGCUCAUGGUGGUGGUCUCUCCGGUCAGGCUCAGGCAAUCUCCCUUGGCAUUGCCCGUGCAUUGCUAAAGGUGAAUGAGAACCACAGAGCGCCACUGAGAAAAGAUGGCCUUUUGACAAGAGAUUCGAGAAUUGUUGAGAGGAAGAAACCUGGUCUCAAGAAAGCUCGUAAAGCUCCCCAGUUCUCCAAACGUUGAAGUUGCAUUCCUCCGUUCUCAUGGACCCAAAGAAGGGAAAAACAAAAGGGCCUUUCGGCUUUUGACUGCGUAUGUCUAAAUUUCAGUUUUGUUUGUAGAUUCCUUGUAUGCAAAGUGAUUCUUUACUUCCUGAAUCUAAUCUUUUAGGUUUAGAUAUGAUUGAAUUGUAUUACUUUUGCAGUCGAAUCUUCCUACAUAUAUAUAUAUAUAUAUAUAUAUAUCUUCAAAUUA